AAACAACAGCGGGCCCAAUACACUGCCCUGUGGUACCCCACUUGUUACAGUACACCAGAAGCCGCCGUUCUCAUACAUUGCGCUCAUCGCCAUGGCUAUCAGGAGCGCUCCGGAGCAGAAGGUGACGCUGGCAGGCAUCUAUAGGUUCAUCAUGGAUCGCUUCCCUUACUACAGACACAACAGGCAGGGCUGGCAGAACAGUAUUCGUCACAACCUCAGUCUCAAUGAUUGUUUCAUCAAGGUUCCAAGAGACAAAGGCCGACCAGGUAAAGGCAGCUACUGGGCCCUUGAUCCUGGCUGCUCUGAUAUGUUUGAAAAUGGGAAUUACAGACGCAGAAAGAGACGCCCAAGGCAACCGUCUAGUACGACAGGGUCUCUUAAAACUACGCAAGACGCUACAGAGAACACGGUGAAAAUAAUUCUUCAGCAGGAGGAACACAAGAUCAAGUGCAACAUGGAUUCCACUGACAAUCUUCCAUCAAGAUCAGGUGAUACUCUACACUCAGCAACCGUUCAUGUCUCAAGUCCUACAUCAGUCUGUUCUGAUAACCAACUUCAGGAAAGUGACCAUCAGAGCAGUGUCAGGACCAUUACAGGAAUUUCUAAAAAUUUCAUUAUUCCCCAAAAGCCGAACUUCCUUCAGAAUGCCCACAAAUUUGCUAAAGAAAUACUGGGAGACAAAACAAAGAUGGAGGCAACGCCAGGACAUGCCUUUAAGCACUUAGGUAUAAUAUCACAUACAAACAAAGAAUAUGAAAUAUAUAAAUACCCUUUUGAAAACCCUGGUAGAACUGCUGACCCGAGAGACCAGUUCCCCAGCUCUUGGUCCCUCCUGCAGCACCUACCACACCUCCUGCCGCAGCAACAAGUGCGCCCAGACCUCCUCAUGCCUAAGAUAAUUGAUGUAAAAGCAAAUACUCCUCAUACCAAGGAUGACUGUGGCCUGCAGGACUACUCAAAACAUUACCCAGAGUUGAUUAAGCUCACCAUGGAUUUCUCCGACACACAGAUGGUUAACGAUAAACACAAUCUGACUACAACACACCUUAGCCACAAUGUACGUGAACCCAACGUACAGGUGAAUGACGUCACUGUACAUGAUCUCCACAACUCAAGCUCACGAGGAUGCAGUUUCCUCAUUGAAAAUCUUAUCAGUUAAUUUUAAGUCUAUGAGAAAUAACAGUUAUUGUCAACGCUGGAAAUUUAAAGGGUAACUAUAAUUCUUAAUGAUUUUUUCAUGAGCUUAGAUCAAAUUGAUCUUAACUUCAUUUGAAACAUAUUUAAAGCAUUGUGUUCUAAUAUUAGAGAACAUUAAUUAGAUCUAAAAUAAAUAAAUAAUGUAAUCGAGAGAAAUUAUAAGCAUACAGUAGUUCUAAAAUAUUUGGUUAUAGUGUUUCGUGAUUUUCAUUUACUGUGUACUCUCAACUCCAUUGUCAGUAUUUUAUCACCAACUAUUAUAUUUAAUAAACUAAAUAACUUUC